UUUUUUUUUUUUUUUUUUUUUGGGUUUUGCGAAAUUAUGACUCUGUCCGACACGACUGUCGUCAAGUCUCCCGAAGAUGACCGCGAGUAUCGCUACAUUGAACUCGGCAAUGAACUUCGUGCCGUCGUUGUGUCUGACAUGCGUGCGGAGAAGGGCGCAGCGGCGUUGGAUGUCUAUGCCGGGCACAUGAGCGAGCCCGACGCGCUGCCUGGUCUGGCUCACUUUCUGGAACACUUGCUCUUCAUGGGCACUGAGCGCUACCCGCUCGAGAACGAGUACCACGCCUUCCUCUCCGAGCAUGGCGGCAUGUCCAACGCGUACACGUCCGCCGACCACACCGUCUACUUUUUCGACGUGGCGGCAGCACACUUUGACGCAGCGGUCGACCGCUUUGCUCAGUUCUUUAUCGCGCCGCUGUUCAGCGCCAACGCCACCGAGAAGGAGCUCAAUGCGGUCAAUUCCGAGCACGAGAAGAAUGUCAAGUCGGAUGCGUGGCGGAAUUUCCAGCUGGAAAAGUUCACGUCUCGACCUGGACAUCCGUUCGCCAAGUUUGGCACCGGCAACCACGAAACGCUGGCAACUCGGCCAGAAGCUGCUGGCGUUAACGUGCGCGAAGCACUGCUCAAGUUUCACGAAGACUUUUACUCGUCCAAUUUGAUGACGCUUUCCCUGGUUGGGCCGUACUCGCUUGAUGUGCUCACCGAGCUGGUCACGUCCAAGUUUUCCGCCGUGAAGAACAAAAAGUUGGCAAUCCCGCGCUUCGACACGCAUCCCUACGGUCCGGAGCAGGUCGGCGAGCAGCUGUAUGUGGUUCCCGUCAAGGAUCUCCGCUACCUGCAGCUGCUCUUCCCUCUUCCGAGCCAGCUGGAACACAGUGCCUCCCACCCCACGUCGUACAUGUCCCAUCUCAUCGGCCACGAAGGGACGAAUAGUAUUCUGUCCUAUCUCAAGGAAUGCGCUCUUGCCAAUGGCUUGUCGGCCGGAUUGGUCAACAGUCACAACGGAUUUAGCUUCUUUUCCAUCCACAUUGAGCUGACGGAAAAGGGUCUCACUGCGACCGAUGACGUCGUGAUGGCCGUGUUCCAGUACAUUGCAAUGAUGCGCGCGCGAGGCCCCCAGGAGCACAUUUUCCAAGAAUGCAAGGCUCUCGGAGAUCUUGCUUUCCGCUUCAAGGACCGCCAGCCGCCCAUGGGCGCUGCAUCGGCGAUUGCAAACAACCUGCAUCUCUAUGCUCCCUCGCGCGUUCUUUCCGGCCACGACACUUACGCUGCGUUUGAUCCCGUCUUGAUUUCGACGCUUACCGAUCUUCUCACUCCGCAAAAUCUCCGGCUGAUUCUCACUUCCCAAACUCUCGAAAAUGUGGCCGACCAAACCCUCGAAUUCUACGGUGCUCGAUACAAGCGAGAACGAAUUCCGGAAGCCAAGUUGAAGGCAUGGAGCUUGGCUACGUGCCAUCCGCAACUGCAGCUGCCUCUCCCCAACGACUUUGUGCCGACCGAUUUCGAGCUCCGGGCGCGACCAAACGAGCCCCAGCCAUUCCCCGUCAUCAUUCAAGACUCUGCGUUGUCUCGCGUCUGGCACAAGCAAGAUGCAGAAUUCCUCCUCCCCAAGACGUGGGUGAGCUUCCAGUUGACGAGCCCACUAUCUUAUGUCGACCCGUUGCAUGCUGUCCUGAGUCGUCUGUUUUGCGAUUUGCUUCGCGACGCCCUCAACGAGUUUGCAUACCACGCCGAGAUUGCUGGUCUUGACUAUGCCAUUGUGACGGAUUUCUGCGGAUUGAUUAUUCGAGUGGAUGGCUAUUCGCACCAGCUCCCACUCCUCGUCGAGCGCAUCUUCGAUCGGCUGGGGUCGUUCAAAACCAACGCCAAUCGGUUUGAGGAAGUCAAGGAUGCAUACACACGCGAGCUCAAGAACUUUUCUGCCGAGCAGCCCAGCAGUCAAGUGACCUACCUCUCUUCGUUUUUGCUCAGCGAGCGUAUUUGGAACCAUGAGCAAAAGCUCGCAGAGCUGGAACAUGUUACUUUGGAGCGACUGGAUGCGUUCGUGCCGCAGCUCUUGUCUCGCAUCCAUCUUGAGUCCCUGAUUGUCGGCAACAUUACCGCAGAACAAGCGAAUGCUUUAUCGGACACUGUGGUUGCCGCUCUCAAGCGACACCAAAACGUUUCCUCUUUGCUUCCGAUGGAGCGGCUGAAGGGGCGCUGCCACGUUGUGCCGAAAGGCAAGACUUUUCUCUAUUCAAGCCAGAACGCCAUCCGCGACAUCUCUGCUGUCGAAAACUACUACCAGAUUGGCCUCGAGGAGGUGCCCAAGAAUGCAACGCUCUCGCUGCUCUGCCAAAUCCUCGCCGAGCCGUGCUUCAACCAGCUGCGCACCAAGGAGCAGCUUGGCUAUAUUGUCGGGUCUGGCAUCAAGCACCAAUACGGCGUUCAUGGUGCUCGCGUUGUGGUCCAAUCGAGCCGUCAUCCAACAUUUGUCGACCAUCGCAUUGAAGCGUUCUUGCUCCAUUUUGGCAAACUGCUCCAAUCCAUGCCCCAGGAAGAUUUCAACGCUCACGUCGAAGCAACCAUUGCCAAAAAAUUGGUCAAGGACAAAUCUUUGCGCCAAGCGGCCACACGCGCCUGGGCUGAAAUUGCUGCGCAAAUGUACAACUUCAACCGCGUUGAUCAGGAAGUCGCAGUGCUGCGCGCCAUCACGCAAUCCGAGCUGAUUGGGUUUUUCGAACGCCACUUUUCUUCCGCCAGUCCCCUCCGUCGCAAAGUUUCGACGCAAGUUGUCGGCACAGCCGCUGCCGGCAUGGCCCCGGAUGCAGUUGUGGCUGAAAUUGCCAAAGAUGUCGCAGAUUCCGCCGACCCAUCGCUUGUGCCCUCUCCUCAGCUCGCGACGCCUCCGAUCCACAUCCAAGACGUGGUUGCGUUCAAGCGGACCAUGUCUCUGUACCCGCUCAAAUUCGAGCCCCUGUCGUCGAAGCUCUGAACUCUGUGAACGGCGGCUGUUUCUCGCGCUGAUUCUCGCGCUGAUGCACAUUUGACUCAAAUACAACGAUUACAAAAAUAUACAGUAAACAGA